AACAACAUCAAAAAUGUUAAAAGUGUUUUAUAAAAUUAUCAGUAUCGAUGUAAUCGAUAAAAAUACCAUGUAAAUAAAAAUAAUCGCUGUAGUUAAAAAAAAAAUAAAAGUAAUAAAAGCAAAACAAACAAAAAAGCAACAUCAUAUCAACAAUACAAACAACAACAAUCAACAAUCUGUUGCUGCUCCUGACAUUCAACCCAACCCAUCUAUGCUCAUCCGACGCCUUGAAAGAUGAUUGACGAUGCCAAGGAUAAUUGUCACCGCAAGGUAUUUCUUUGCCUUAUCAAGGCUGUAAAGCAAUUUAUCGAUCUAUGUAAUCAGAUUGGUUCAACGUGCACGCCCAGACGUAAUAUAUCACAGACAACGGCUGUCAAGUUCCUGUAUGCACGCAAAUUUGAUGUCCCACGUGCUGUCUCACUCUAUGAACAGCACGAGCAGAUACGUCUCAAGGAGGGUCUCUAUAACAUUGAUCCGGAUAUUGAACCGUUGCGUUCAGAAUUGCAAACGGGCAAAUUCACAAUACUGCCUGCCCGUGACUCCAGUGGUGCUGCCAUCGCCCUCUUCACCGCCAACAGACACAGCCCCCUGUCGGUAACGCAUACGACGACCCUGCAGGGCAUUGUCUAUCAACUGGAUUGUGCUCUCCAGGACACAGAAACACAAAAGGCUGGUCUCGUCUUCAUCUACGACAUGAGCGGUUCAAAGUAUUCAAAUUUCGAUUAUGAUUUAUCACAGAAAAUUCUGACAUUACUCAAGGGUGGCUAUCCGGCACGACUGAAAAAAGUUCUCAUUGUCACGGCGCCACUGUGGUUCAAAGCCCCAUUCAAAAUUUUGCGCCUAUUUGUUCGUGAGAAAUUGCGCGAGCGCGUUUUCACUGUAUCAGUGCCGACGCUGAGCUUGCACGUGCCACGCAAAGCAUUGCCGAUUCACUUGGGCGGUACCCUAGAAAUAGAUCAUAACACAUGGUUGCUGCAUUGCCGCAAAUCGAUGACGAAUCGUGAAGACGAAUUGCUCGCCAAUAUUGGUGGACUGUCGCCAACAGCAGCCGUGGUCGUAGGUGGCACAGCAGCAACAGCCAACCAGAAUAACCUAAACAAUCAGCACAUCACAAAUACCGCCGGACUGGUGGUGACAAACGGCGAUUGUCAACGAUUUCUGGCGGAACCCAACGAAAAUAUCACCACACCAACAGCAGCAGCAACAACAACAAUAGUCAACAAUCAAGGUACAUCAUCAUCAGCAGCAUCACCACUGACAAACGGUCAUCAUAACAGUACAUCAUCCUCAUCAUCAUCAUCAUCGACGACCUCAUCAUCCUCAAUUGCCAAUAAUUUAAAUAAUCUAAACGCUACUGCAGCGGCCGUGUUAUCCAACAAUAAAUUGGUGGUGUUGGGUCUGGCGAACGGCAGCAACACUGCCACCGGCAUUAACGGUGAUCAUUUAGCCACAGUACUUUCAUCAUCCUCUUCACCGGUGGUGGUUAACGGCACAGCUACGGGUAUCACAGCCAUAAGUGGUAGCGGUGGCGGCGGCGGAGGCGGUGGUCAAACACCAACGACAACAGCAACACCAACCGCCGCAAAUAGCAACAGUGGAACAACGGGUCUCACAGAUUUCUGGACAGAGAACCCACCAAGUAGUGCCUCGUCGGGUUUUAGUGAUGACGACAGUCUGGCUGGCCAAGAGGGUGAUCCAAAAACAAUUGAACAAAUUGUUCAAAUGGUAAAGGCACGAGGGCGUCAGGGACUCGUAAAGGAAUAUGCCGAUAUUCGGAGUCGAGCACCAGAUGGCACAUUUUUACAUGCCAGAAUGCGCAAUAACUUGACGAAAAAUCGUUACACAGAUGUCCUCUGCUACGAUCACAGUCGAGUUGUUCUAUCACGGGUCGAUGGUGAUGAUGUGUCAGAUUAUAUAAAUGCCAAUUUUGUAGAUGGUUACAAACAGAAAAAUGCAUACAUUUCAACUCAAGGCCCGUUACCAAAGACAUCCCAAGAUUUCUGGCGCAUGAUCUGGGAACAACAUUGUUUAGUUAUAGUUAUGACAACACGUGUUAUGGAACGUGGACGCGUUAAAUGCGGUCAAUAUUGGGAACCAGCCGAAAAUAGUUCCUUAGAAUUUGGAAAUUUCCAUGUGCGAACACUUAGUAUAGAAACUAAUGAAGAUUAUACAGUAGCCUCAUUAGAAUUGAGAAAUACAAAGACUGAUGAAGUAAGAAAUGUAUCACAUUGGCAAUUUACCAGCUGGCCCGAUUACGGUGUGCCCAGUUCAGCUAUGGCCAUGAUAACAUUUUUACAAAAAGUACGCGAGAAACAGGCUCAAAUGGUACAAUCAUUGGGAGAUACAUGGGCCGGACAUCCAAGAGGGCCACCAAUUGUGGUGCACUGUAGUGCGGGUAUAGGACGAACAGGAACAUUUAUAACUUUGGACAUUUGCAUAUCUCGCCUGGAAGAUGUUGGUACGGCUGAUAUUAGAGGAACGGUGGAAAAAAUUCGUGCUCAACGUGCAUAUUCAAUACAAAUGCCCGAUCAAUAUGUAUUUUGUCAUUUAGCCCUAAUCGAAUAUGCGAUCUCAAGAGGUAUGCUGACGGCUGUCGAUUUAACGGGAUUCGAUGAUCGGGACGAGGAUUCAGAGUAAAUGGAAUAGAGCUAAAUAAAUAUUGUUACAACAACCAAUAAAAACGAAAACAAAAUAUUUAAUCGAUUAAAGCCAACACUACCAAACACCACCAAUUCUCCAAACAGACAAAAAACAAAUUAAUAUGUUUUUUCUGACAUAAAGAACAGAACAACAAAUCAAUAACAAUUUCUUAAGUAAUACUAGUUUUCAAUAGCAAAACAAACAAAUUUUUGUAACGGAAAACCACAACAAGAAAACAUCAAAUCUAUACUUAGUUUAUAAUAAUUGCAAAAAAGAAAUAGUUUGAAUGAAAACUCUCUCCUAAACAAAAGAGAAAAAUAGUCCAUAAUCAUUAAUAAUAUUUGUGUUUUUUUUUUAUUUCUUUGUUAUUUAUUAACUUAACUUUUUGUAUUAUGGCAAUGUAUAAACAUUAGCUUUGGCCCGGACACAUUCAAGGACACACAACACUGUUUGUUGAACACUCUCUUCUAGCUCCCAACUCGACUCUAUAAUCUUCCUUGGAGUUAGAUUUGUGUGUAGUACAUUUCUUUUUGUUUCAGUACUUGGUAGUAAUGUCUCGAUGGACACCAUCAAUAUACAUACAAAAAAACAAUAACAACAACAAUCUAUUAAAACCAAUUUUUAAUGUAAUUUGUGGAUAGUAAUUUAUGUAUGGGAAAUAUUUAAUAACAAAACCAGAAAAGUCGUCGCGUAGUUUUUUAGAAAUCAGUGAUUUGUAGAUGAUGAAAGAAAAACAAAACAAACAAAAAACGAACAGAAAACACAAAAAAGAAAAUCAAAUUUAUGUUAUUUUUUUAAUUUUUGUUCUAUUAUUAUAAUUAUAUUAUUCUAUUUCUAAUUAUUUAAAAUUAAAUAAAAUACAUUUUUAGGUUAUCUUAUAACAACAAACAAAAAUAUACGAGAAUCAACAAAAAUGAUGAAUAUAAAUGUUAAUUAUAACAAAACUAAAUUUAACUUAAAAAUAAUGAUAACCUUUAUAUAUAUACAUUAAAAUAAAAACAAUUAAAACUAAAUAUAAAUUUAAUUAUACAUAUAUAAAUAUAUAUUUAAUAUAAUUCAUAGUUAAAUGAAAUAAAAAAGGAAACAUUUUAAUUUAAUAUAUAAAUAAACAACAACAACAAAAAUACAAAACUGUAAAUCUCCAGAAAAAAACUAAA